AUGGACCACCUCAAUGGCGUCCGCAGGGUCCUCGACAAGCUACGGAUCAACAGACAUCGUGAAGCGGCUUGGGUGUAUAAGAAGUUGAAUACUGACCAGCAAGAUGUUCGUGUGCUGCUCGUAAAAGCUUCUGAAGACAGAUCGAAACCUGUUUGCGGCACAUUACGACACAUUUCUCUGAUAAACCAGCAGCUCCCAGGAUAUGAAACAAUCUCAUACGUCUGGGGCGACCCUAAGUUGCGGGGAAGGAUAUACGUCGAUGGCUGCGAGCUUGAGGUGCCUGCCAGCACGGAACGCGUUCUCAGGCGGUUUCGGCUGCCACAACAAGACCGCUUGCUAUGGAUCGAUGCUGUGUGCAUUAACCAGCAGGACUUCUUGGAGCGAGCGCAGCAGGUCCAGCUCAUGGCGGAGAUAUACAGCCGGACGACGCACGGGCUGAUCUGGCUGGGUGAGGACGAGGGUUUUGCGGCCGCGGCAAAGGACUCUAUCCUGGCGGUCUACGAGAACGCUCGGCAGGAGACGGACGGCUUCGAGAACUUCAUGAGCAUGCUUAUCGAUGAAGUCUUGCGGCUGUAUCGCUAUGCCGAGAAAAGGGGUAACCUAGCUUUCGACCACGAGCCAUUACUAAAAUACCUCGGUCUCCCGUGGUUCAGUCGUUUAUGGUGUAUGCAGGAAGCAUGUUUACCACCACGAUGUACUUGCUGGUGCGGCAACAUUGAGAUGGAUCUGUUACACGUCGUACGAGCAGCAGCUUGGCUGGAUUACAAACAAUUGACGCUCCCUUUCCUCAAUCAUGAGAACAUGGAUGGCAUUCAAUACGCUUUUAUACUCUGGACAUACUCUGACCGUAGCCGCGGCCCGCAUGGAACGAGUUCGCCGUUCCCGCCACCAACGCUGUAUGCUUUGAUGGCCGAGUUCCGAUCAUUUGAGACUGCCGAGCCAAGGGACCAUGUGUACGGUGUACUCGGCCUGUACCAGAAGCUAGGCCGGGUCCAGCGGCUUUCCCAGGAGCUUCUCCCUGACUAUCGGCGACCGCUCGAUGCCGUGUUCAGAGAUGUUACUGCCUUGUGGAUUCGCGAGUGGAACAGCCUGGAGGUCCUUAGAUAUAUCUAUGGCACUCCCCGAGGUAUGCACGGCAUGGAUAGGACGCUGGAUCUCCCAUCAUGGGUACCAGCUUGGCAUCGAAAGUGGAAUGACGCAAAGGAUCCUUUGCGAUUCAUCUUGUCCUUCGAUGCUGCAGGUCAAAGGCCGGUAAGGCUAUACGACGAUGGAAACGCCAAUCUUAGUGUGCUCAACGUUUCUGGCCUGGUCAUUGGACGGAUUGCCGCUCACACCACGACAUUCGAGUGGGGCUUUUUCCGGAGAGCAGAUAACGUACUGACCUUCAUAAAGCAAUGCGAGGAGAUGAUGGGAGAGGCUGAUUCAAGGGUUGAUGUCACUGAUGCCCAUGCACAUUCCUUAGCCUCGAGACUUGCCAUGACACUUUUCGCUGGAGGAGACCUUUAUGGUCAAGUAAUGGAAAGAGGCAAAGCCGCAGACCAUAUUGUGGCUUUCAGGGAUUUCAUUUUCUCCACAGGGGAGGUACCCCCAGACCUAAGAGGACUGGCCCCUGACGCUUCACGGCAGACUCUCAUGGCUGCUCACAGCUACGAAAUGUUAUUAAGGGCCUGCAUAAACCGCCAUUUUUUCGUCACGCAGGACGGCCGUCCAGGCCUUGGUCCUAGAACCUUGAAAGAUGGCGACAUCGUGACUGUCCUGUACGGGUCUCAAUGGCCUGUAAUUCUUCGAUCAAAUGGCGGAGAAGACACCUACAAAUUCAUCAGACUAGCGUACGUCGAUGGAGUCAUGUUCGGUGAGGCUGUGCGUGCUCAUGAGACGGCUGGUAAGGACGACCAGCUCUUUCGGCUUGUAUAAGAGGGGCGCGAAGGAUUGUGGGUCCCGGGCUGGAGUGAAGCCUCGAAGGGUUGCAGUCAAGUCAUGCGAGGUUCUUAAUCGGGCAGCGGAAGCACAUUUGGCUAUGGGCAACAUCACAGCCGAUCGACAUCGCUAUGUUGGUGGGCUGAUGUAGAACUGGCAGCGCCUGAGCGGUUCAGGACGGCGAUACUCUUUCUCUCCAAAACUCGGGAAGAGGAAGGAGGCCAAUA